UACAGUCAGACUACGCAUCGGUUACAACAUUCUACUCCCAGUCAGAGACCAUAUAUGGUCUCUGUCCCAGUCAAGUUGUGUAAACAUGCCUUCCUUAGUUGACCGAGAUAACAGCCACACAAACAUGGCAUGCGUCAUUGCUGUUCACACGAACUGGUUGUCGAGUGCACAUACUCAGCUUAUCAACUACAUGUGUCCCUGCUUGGAGAUAUUGUUAUCAUAUACCACGGGUAUGGCACUAUGAUUCAUACACGUAUGACAAUAUCGCACAGACACAAUAGCUGUCACAGUUAGAGGGUGUGCGUUGAAGUUGGUUGUGUCUCAGCUUGAGAAUCACGUAAAGGUAACAUGUUUGCGCGCCGUGAGUUUGCGCCAAGCGUUUGAUUUCCGUUUAACGUGAGGAUCAGUCACUCUAUUAGUAGGCCACAGUCAUUUUGGACCGCCAUGUUUAAGAAGCUGUUUCUAUUCACCUUACUUGGCUGCGUAAGUUCGUCAUUGGGUCAAGAGGAUGCCUAUCUUGACAUGGAAGGAAACCAUGGCCUAUUAAAAGAGAAUUUCGAGUCUCAAAGUAUUAUUAAUCUAGUCAGAGAUAUAGCUUUUAAGAAAUUGUUUAGUGUUCGUGACGAACAAAAUGUGAACAAAGAAAGCAAGACCAUUCUCAGGGGAGAGUUUGAGGAAGAGGCUGCGAAUGCUCCAGUGGAAGAAAAUCCCCAGGAAGUUGCUAAUCUCCGCCAGAUGCUAGGGAUUCUUCAGGACACACAAGAUGUCUGUAUGAACCAUACCCAGAAUGUGAUCACUGGUAUUAUGGAAAAUAAAGAAUGGGCUCUGCAGAUGUUGGAUGCUUUUGGUAAGCCUGGCAGUGCCAUUCUCAAGGGAGAGCUCACCUGGCUGGGAUCAUUUGAUGAAUGUCUUGGAGUCACAACCAACAGGACUGAGGUGGAUUUCGGUGCCACGUAUUGUAGAGCUCUCCUGAUGCCCCCGAAUCAGACGAACCCGAUGAAUCCCACCCCGACAUACAUCACCCUCGGGAUGUGCAUGCCAGAUUCCUGCUCUGGGCAAGACGUCACAGCCAUCGCUAACGGCCUGCUGAUGUCUCAGAACAUAUCCCUUCUGGCAAGUGUUACCUGUUAUGAAAAGGACAAGCCCCUUGACACUGACGCCAUUGUUGCCAUUGUCAUCUGUUCAAUAUUUGCGUUGCUGGUCGUACUUGGAACCGGAUAUGACGUCAUUUUCAUUCAAAUGCGCAAAGAUGAAAUUUCGAAAUCAAGUUAUAAACACGCAGGGGCGUCGACAACCGCUGAUCGCAGAGAAACGGUUGACUCAGAAAAAGUCCCUUUGCUGUCGGAAUCAACUUCUGUGAGCGUUGAAGAUGCUGAGGCCAUACAGGAAGAUGAAAGAAGUCGUAAAACCGCCGGCCGAGAAACCAUCUAUAAACCACAAGACAAAGCAUCGGAACCAUCCCAAAGACUGGGGAUUAAAAUGUUGGUGUCAUUCUCUGCCUACACAAAUGGAGCAAAGAUCCUGGAUACGAAACAAGCAGCGGGGAGCCUGACAGCUGUCCAUGGCAUCCGGUUCCUCAGCAUGACGUGGGUCAUUCUGGGACAUGCCUUCUCAACUCUUAUGACCAUGGGCUCAAAUCGUGCCCCCUUCAUCCAGGAGAAUGUCAGCAGGUGGACAUUCCAUGGAAUCCUCAAUGCUCUCGUAUCUGUCGACACAUUCUUCACAUUAAGUGGACUGCUUGUUGCCUAUCUGGCCAUGAAGGAGCUGAAGAAAGGACGGGGGAAACUAAACUGGGCCAUGUUCUACUUCCACAGAUUCUGGAGGUUGACUCCAGUUUACAUGAUGAUGCUGAUGUUUUACACAUGCCUGCUGCAUUAUCUCGGAGAUGGACCUAUUUGGCCUCAAACAGGUGUUCAGAAACAGCAGUGCAGAGACAACUGGUGGACCAACCUCCUUUACAUUAACAACCUCGUCAACAGAAACGACAUGUGUUUCACAUGGGCCUGGUAUCUGGCAAACGACAUGCAGUUCUACGUCUUGAGCCCGCUCAUUCUUAUUCCACUCUUCUAUUCGGAGAUCCUCGGUAUGGUUGUGAUCGGUGUCUUCAUGGCUGCUACUCUCACGACUGCUGGUUUGAUAUCAAGGCUGAACAACAUGACCACGGGUAUAUUAUACCAGACGGAGGGAACACCGGGCCCUGAUGAUUAUGGCGCCUACUACAUGACUCCCUACUGUCGGAUGGGCCCAUACCUAAUCGGCAUGGUGGCCGGGUACUUUCUGUACAGAACAAACUGUAAGCUCCACCUAAACAAGAAAGCAGUACUGUGUGGUUGGGUUCUGGCUGCUGCUUCCGCUCUCGCGGUGCUUUAUGGGCCGUACGAAGCAGCCAAUGGGACGCCGAUGCCGAGUGACGUGGCAGCAUUUUACAACUCUGCUCACAGGACGGUGUGGGGAGCUGCGGUGUGCUGGGUCGUGGUGGCGUGUGCAACAGGGAACGGGGGUUUUGUAAACAAGUUAAUGUCCUGGAAUGGUUUUGUGACUCUGAGUCGCCUGACGUACUGCGCCUACCUCACUCAUCCGAUGGUGAUAAUGUACCAGUAUAUGACACACCGGAGCCCCUUCUUCAUAUCCGACGUCAACAUUGUGUACAACUUUCUCGGCUUCAUCGUUAUAACCUACGGUGUAUCCUUUGUUGUCUCUCUUGUAUUCGAAGCGCCGAUGAUGGGCCUGGAGAGGGCGCUAUUGAAGCGUGAACGGCGCAACUGAAGACAUCGUUCCAGGUCUAGAACAGCUGUUAUUGGUAGAUCCUUGGUUUGAGAUGAGUUCAUGGGGCUAAUUGUAAUCACUAAAUAUUCAUUCAAAAUGUCACCUUGUGCAUUCGAGAGCUUUACUUUAAUAAUCGUUUUACUGUACAAAAUGUGAUGUUCUAGUUCUGCAAGAAUCAUUUUUCAUUAAGCUUUUUGCUGUUCUUCGUGUUCACGAUUGUCUUUUUCUUUAAAAAAAAGUGGAUGUUCUGGAUCUUAGUGACAUUCACAAUAAUCGUUUUAUUGACCAAGCGGAUGACCUGGGUCCAUGAGAGUGGUAUUCACAAUGAUCGUUUUAUUGACCAAACGGAUGAACUGGGUCCGUGAGAGUGACAUUCACAAUGAUCGUUUCAUUGACCAAACGGAUGACCUGGGUCCAUGAGAGUGGUAUUCACAAUGAUCGUUUUAUUGACCAAACGGAUGAACUGGGUCCGUGAGAGUGGUAUUCACAAUGAUCGUUUUAUUGUCUAAGUGGAUGUUCUGGGUCCGUGAGAGUGGUAUUCAGAAUGGUCGUUUUAUUGAACAAGUGAAUGUUCUUCAUUUGAUUGGUAGUUACCGUAAUCGUUAUUGUAAGUGUACAAAAUUAUAUGGUCUUCAGAAUGGUAUAUAGUGAGUAUGAAAUUCAAUUUAUCAGUUCUUAACAAAGCUCGCAGUGAAUAGCUGCAAUAUAUCACUAAUGCAACGUCCAGCAAUAUUAAAGCGACGUUUGGUACUAGUACCUUGUUUAAGCAUGCCCGUAAGAAAGAAUAAAAGGAGUUGAAAUAACGUCAAUGCUAUUUAUAUUGAUGCAACGUCACCUUAAUGCCGAUUCAUGAUAAUUGCUUUAUUGUGCAUGAUGUAAUGUUCCGGAUGAGAUUGGUAUUAACAAUAACCUGUUUUAUACAAAGUGAAUGUUCUUAAUAACAUUGAUAUUUAGGAUAAAUAUUUUAUUGUGCAAAAUGUGUAGUUCUUGAUGCUAAUGGUAUUCACUGUGAUAUUGUAAAGCACGUGAACGUCCUAACCGAUGGUAAUGAUAUUUAACACUGGGUUGAACCUCGAAGGCACAACUAUAGAACAUGAUGGUCGUCGCUAUGUGGCUGAAAUAAUGCCGAUGCUACGUUAAAGUUUAACUCACUCACUCGUCCAUGAUGUAUAUAUAAGCAGAGAAGUAGAGAAAGAGUGCCGAAAAUCCUCACACAUUUAUUUUCCACAUCCCGUUCAUUGGAAUCAUGGAAGUCUGGUCAGUAGUUCCUUCAGCCUUGCCACCUCUACCAUUAGCAUUGACAGUUAAUCGCUGUGCUGUUUUCUUUUAAUAAAAUAUUUUUUAUGGUG